AUGUCCCAUGCGCCGGAUCUAGACACGCGAAAUUGCAUAUUGCGUCCGGCUAAGGGAAUUGAACUUUUGGAACCAUUUAAUCAGCAGUGGAAUGAGAACAACUGGACCAGCUUCGGUAGUGAAAAUAGCCAGGAUUCUUGUAUUUCACUUGCCGAAUUCAACUCGACUGCAUCAACUGUUGCCAAACCACUGCCCAAACUGUUAUCUGUCCAUCAACUCAUGGAUAGACUGGACUGUGAAUUGUCAAGAUGUAAGGCUUUACUAAAAAAAACCGUCGAUGAUCUCACUGACACUAACCAACUAAUGAACGGAAAUGCUUCCGAACAGAAAGAACUUGUUAGGAAAACCGAGGAGAGCGUACGUAACGCCCGAACGCUGUUGACAAAGGUUCAUCAACACAUUGCAAAUACCCAUGAAUUUUGUAAUAUGCUGCAUAGGAUGGACGAGGCCUUGCAGUUGUUUUCAAAGACCGCUUACAGUGUGGCGACUUUGGAGCAGGUGAAGCUGGAGGACCCUUCCAGGCACGGUGAGUAG